UCUUUCAAAAACAUGAAUCUCGGACUUUUUCUCUUUUCUUUCAUCAUCAUCAUCCUUACCUAAAUAAAAUCCAUUUUACAGCAAAACUUAUCUGUGUUUCGCUUCGCCACCAUGUAUUCCCCUUUCAGAAAAGCUAAUGGGGAAACAGGUAGACAUGGCAGAAGCAAAUCCGUGUGGAAUAUCUUUGUUUACAGGUCAUCAUCUUCUAAAUUUGAUAAAAGGGAUCCUCCAAAAGAACUCAUCUGUCCCAUUUAUGGGUGUUUGAUGUUUGAUCCAGUUGUGGUGUCUACUGGCCAGAGUUUUGAGCGGACUUCUGUUCAAGUUUGUAAGGAUUUGGGGUUUAAACCCCAACUUCCAAACGGGUUAAACCCGGAUUUCACUAACGUGAUACCGAAUUUAGCUUUGAGGACGACGAUUCUCACCUGGUGUGAAAAGUCAGGGGCGGAGAAGCCGCACCAGCCGGAUUAUUACGCUGUUGAGUCUGUUGUUCGUGCUUCGAUGGCUUCGACUUCUUCUUCUUCGAUCUCUAGAGAGGAUUCUAGAAUACGGAGAGAAGAUACUGGAAUACGGGUGUCAGAGAGGGAUUUGUUCAAGGGGGUAACGGAGAAUCCACCUAUGCUUCUCUCUCACGCCGCAUCGGAAAUGAAAUCGAGGAAUAAUCAUUUCUACUCUUCUUCGAGCUCUGAAGAAUCUGUCAUCGCUAACAACUCUCCGCUACUCCCUUUUAAGACUUGUCUCUCCAGCUACUCCUCUUCGUCGUCGCAAUCGACUUCGUCGGAGAUAAUCUCCGGUGAAGUCCCGUCGUCUGCUUCCACGUCAUCGGAAGAUGAUUAUUACGUUGUUCAAUUUAAGAAAUUGGACGUUUAUGAACAGGAACAAGCUGUAAUUUCACUUAGAAAAAGUACCAGAACCGAUGAGGAAGCUAGGGUUUCAGUGUGCACGCCGCGGCUUUUAUCGGCUCUCAAGCCGUUACUGGUCUCGAGGUACGCCGGUGUUCAGCCGAACGCCGUCGCCGCAUUGGUCAACCUCUCGUUGGCAGAAAUCAACAAAGUGAAAAUUGUUCGAGCCGGAAUUACCUCUCUGCUAAUUGAUCUUCUCAAAGGCGGCUCGGAGGAGACCAAAGAGCACGCAGCGGGCGCCAUAUUCAGCUUAGCGCUGGAAGAUGACAACAAGACAGCAAUUGGAGUAUUAGGCGCAUUGCAGCCGCUUUUACAUGCUCUGAGGUCCGGGACAGAGCGGACUCGUCACGACUCCGCAUUAGCCCUUUAUCAUUUGACCUUAGUGCAGAGUAACCGAGUUAAGCUCAUUAAACUCGGAGCUGCAAAUACACUCCUGGGAUUGCUCAAAGCCAGCGAUAUAGCGGGUAAAGUAAUGCUGGUUGUGUGCAAUUUGGCAGCGUGUCAAGAGGGGAAAUCAGCAUUGCUGGACGCCAAUGCAGUGGAUGUACUGUUGGGGAUACUGAGAAAUUGGAAUAAAUUGGAUGAGUCGACUCGGGAGAAUUCCGUGGCAGCUCUAUACUCACUGAGUCAGGGGAGUUUGAGGUUCAAGAGUAUGGCGAAAGAGGCGAAGGCGGGUGAAGUAUUGCAAGUGGUGGUGGAGCGAGGAAGCGGACGGGCGAGGGAGAAGGCAAAGAAGAUGUUGAUCGCUAUGCAAAGAAGGGUAAAGGAGGAGUAUGACGAUGAAGAAGAGGAGGCAAACUGGGAAGGAAUACUUGAAGCAUGAGUGAGUCAAACUUGGUAC